AACCUCCAUGUUGUUGAAUGGAUGGAUGAAUGAAUGAAUGGAUGGAUGGAUGGGAUGGGAAUAAAUGAACAUACAAAUUUAUCAAUGAAAGCAUAAAAGGCCACAUAGAGGCUCAGAGUGUGCACAGAAAAAGGGUUAGGCCGGUCCCUGCGAGGUCUAGGCGAGGUGAUUACUGGCCACGCUAGACCAAUAAGGCAGUGAGCGCCCGACCACCGGAUACCGGACAUCACGCGUUUUCUCUUCCGGCGCGGGGAGUUGACGUAGAGCAGCCGGCACUUCCUUGUUGAGCAGCCCUUGGCAGAGCCCCUGAACUGGAACGGCCAAAAGGCUGGCGUGUGGGCAGGGAUGCACCGCCGCGGGGUGGGCGCCGGCGCAAUUGCCAAGAAGAAGCUGGCCGAGGCCAAAUAUAAGGAACGGGGCACUGUUCUGGCCGAGGACCAGCUGGCCCAGAUGUCAAAACAGCUGGAUAUGUUCAAGACCAACUUGGAAGAAUUUGCCAGCAAACACAAACAAGAAAUCCGGAAGAAUCCUCAGUUCCGGUUGCAGUUCCAGGAUAUGUGUGCCACCAUUGGGGUUGACCCCUUGGCCUCUGGAAAAGGAUUUUGGUCUGAGAUGUUGGGCGUUGGAGACUUUUAUUAUGAGCUGGGUGUUCAGAUUAUUGAAGUGUGUCUGGCACUAAAGCAUCGGAAUGGAGGUCUGAUCACUUUGGAGGAGCUACAUCAGCAGGUGUUGAAGGGAAGGGGCAAGUUUGCUCAGGAUGUCAGCCAAGAUGACCUCAUCCGGGCCAUCAAGAAACUGAAAGCCCUGGGCACUGGCUUCAGCAUCAUUCCUGUGGGAGGCACUUACCUGGUCCAGUCAGUCCCUGCUGAACUCAACAUGGAUCAUACUGUGGUAUUGCAGUUGGCAGAGAAAAAUGGUUACGUGACAGUCAGUGAAAUCAAAGCAAGUCUCAAAUGGGAGACUGAGAGAGCUCGGCAGGUGCUGGAGCACCUACUGAAAGAAGGGUUGGCUUGGCUGGACCUGCAGGCUCCAGGGGAGGCACACUACUGGCUGCCAGCUCUCUUCACAGACCUAUACUCCCAGGAGAUCACAGCUGAGGAGGCCAGGGAGGCCCUCCCCUGACUCUUGGGGGAGCAAAGCAGUGGGGAGAGUGGAAGGAGGGCAAGAAUCUACCAAGAGAGCCUGAACAAUAAACAUUUUUAUAAGGAAAA